GAUGGUACAUUAGCGGUGGAUUGAAAAUAAAAAGACGGAGUUUUUGGAAAGGCCCAGAGGGAUUAUUGAAAGAAACCAGCUCAUCAGUACACGAAGAAGAGUUCAAUUUUCAAGUUGAGUCCGUUGAACAAGGAAAGUAAUCAGACCCUAGUGGAUUUCUGUUUCAUUUGCCAGUGAGGAUACAACGUGAUAACAAUGUCUUCUACAGCAUCGCUCGAUGGUAGCUACGAGGACAGCCUGCCUGGCGAGGACCAGGUAUUUACAGACAAGGACAGGCCACUGAAAUGGAUCGAAAAGUUCGAGACAGAAAUGAUGGAUUUUUCAGACAGCGACUGCACCGAACCCAAGCACAUCGUCAAGGCAUUCCUUGAGCUCGAGCUGGACCGCGAGUCACGGAUUUUGGAUGUCUUGGCCGGCACUGGACUCGUUGCUGAAUUGCUGCGUCCCCACGGCUAUGUUAACAUCGACGCUAUUGACGGCAGAAAAGAUAUGCUGACACUGUCCAAUAAGAAACAACUGUACAAGAAUUUCUACGUUUCGCUAUUGGGAUGUCAGUAUACAGCGCCCAUUCAAAGCGAUAUCUAUGAUGUUCUUAUCGCUAGUGGAGCAUUCGCUCCAGGUCGGCUCCAUUCGGAUGCAUUCUGCGAUCUUCUUCGCAUAACGAAACCAGGUGGAAUUAUCACGUGGAGCAUGCGCACCGAUUACGGACCGAUCUCGCCGAGAUUCGCUAAUUUCGACGCUCACAUCGAGGAUUUGGUGACGAACGGCGUAUGGAAACAUUACGUCCCUCGUAAGACGAUCAAACCUUACGUCCACGGUUCCGAAGGUUAUGUCUACACCAUGCAGAGGAUCUAGCUAAUAUAAAACGCUAAACAAACGUAUCAAAUGUAAUUAAAUAAGAAUCGCAGAAGCAACAUAAAAAUUCAACAGCCA